AUGUAGUAUUUAUUGUCCCUAUCAAGAAAUUAACAAUCUGAAAAUGUAUUUUUGAAUGCAACUUUAAAUUUCCGAGAUCCGGAUGUUUAGAAUAGUUUUAAAAGUUUCCAGAAAAAGUUAAAUAAAUGUACAAUGAUUUUCAUAGAAACUUUUAAAAUGUUUUUGGAAUUAGCUUUGACUAUUUCAGCAAUAGUUAAGGAUAAUUAGUCAUUGUAAUCAUAAAUCCUGAUAGUUUUUCCAAUAUCAAGUCUAUUAUAAAUUUGGAGUAUUUAAAGGAACUCAACAUUCAAUGACUAUUGGAAAAUCAUUCAUGUUAUAGCACUUCAGAUUUUUUUAGGUUUGUAUGUUGAUUAAUUCAUGAUUAAUGGGUAUGUAUAAUUAUAUUAAAUGUAUGUUACUCAAAGCUUAAACAACAAGAAAUACCUAAUAUUUUACUUUACAAUAAUGUAAUUUACUUAUUUGUAUUUUGAUAAUUUUUAUGACUCGAUCAUAUUACCUUUUGAAUGGAUAUUUAUUUUUGUAAUAGUCAUAAGUAUAUAUUUGAGAGAGAGAAGGAAACUAGUAUAUUUUUUUGAGAAAUUCAAUUUCAGUCAUGAUCUUUCAUAUUAAGAGGUAGUACUCAACCAUAGUCUACAAUAGAACUUGUUUGUUAUCAAGCUGAAUUCGGAUUAAAAUUUUUAAGAUUUGUUUGAAGUACUAUUUGUUAAUUAAGCUUGUAAAAAGGAGUUUGCUACUAUUGAAAACAUAUAUCAAAAAAUAACACAAAUAUAGAUUAUAAAUUGCAAUGAGUCUAAUAUUUCUUAAUGUAAUUUAAAAGUCAAUUUAACACAAGAUCUCUUAUUAAAUAACUUUAAAGUAUCUACAGGUGAGUAAAUUAAUAUGAUUGACAAUCAUUAGUCUUUAAAUUAAAUCCUUUAUUAAUACAUUAACAAUUCUUAAAACAAAGAACUUCAAGAUAGUCUGCCCUUAAAAUUAACAGGAAUAGUGUAUAAUCAUCAUCAUUAAACAUAUGAUAUCUUAGUUUCUCCAUGUAUAUGGAAACAUUAAAAAAGCUAUAUAGUUUCAUUGAUUGAAGUAACAGAUAGAAUCAAAAUAUCUUAACUUGAAAAGCUGGAUUAAUAUAAAGAUAAUGUUUUAGCUACAGUUAGUCAUGAUUUAAAGAAUCCAAUCGGUGUUAUUUAAUCCAUGAUAACAUUAGUAUAGGAUAGUUUAUAUGAAUUGUCUGAGACUGAAACCAAUCCAGAAAUAAUAUAGAAAAUAUAGUCUUGUUGUAAUUAUUUAGAGAUGUGUUAAACAAAUGUAUAAAUAUUAUAAUCUUUUGUUAAUGAUUUAUAAGAUUUUGCAUAGAUUAAAUAAUAGAAGUUAAAGCUAGCAAUUAGUUAAUUUGAUAUUUUAUAAUUGAUUUAAGAUGUAAAAAAUGUAUUCCAAAUUUAAAUACAAAAGAAGAAUUUAUAAUUAGAUAUUAUAUCUAAUUUAAAGUCUACUUAAAUUUUAAAUAAUGAUCCUUUGAGAAUUAAAUAGGUUCUCUUUAACUUACUCUCAAAUGCCAUCAAGUUCACAUCAAAAGGAAAAAUUUCAAUAAUAUUUUCUGAUGAUUCUCAGGAUAUUUGUAAAUUUUGCAGGAAUGUUAAAGAAUAAAUUGAAAUAAAUAAAUCAGUAAUUGAUAUUAACAAUUUAAUUAAAAAUAAAUAAAGGUUAAUACUUUGUACAGUUAAUGACAGUGGUAGUGGAAUGAGCCAAGAAAUUUAAAGAAGACUUUUCAGAAAUUUUGCAACUUAUGACAAUGAUAACAACACAAACAAGUAGAGUAUUAGUAUAAAAUGUUAGAAAUGGUGUUGGUUUAGGAUUGAUCAUCUGUAAGUAGUUGUGUGGGUACAUUGGACCAUUGUAGUACAUUUAUCUAUAAUCAUAAGUUGGAGUUGGUUCAACAUUUUAAUUUGUCAUUUAUAAAAAUUAUGAUAAAUAGCUUCAUUUAUAAUAAGAUUAAUGUAGUGUAGAUUCCAUAGAUUAUGAUAUUUCAGCACAUUCUCCAUACAAAAAUAUAUUUAGUACAAACCACCUUACCCCUUUAUAUAAAAAGAUUAAUAAGAGAAAUUAAUUAUAGGUGCUAAUUGUUGAUGAUGAGUCAUUUAAUAAUAUGUUAUUAAAAAUAUAGUUAUAAAAAAUAGGAAUUCAUUAGGUGGAUACUGCUUUUGGAGGGUAGGAAGCCAUAGAUAUGAUAAUUAAAUAAUGUUAUGAUAUUGUAUUUUUGGAUUUCAAUAUGCCUGGUAUGAAUGGAUUAUAAUGCAUUAUUGAAAUAAAACGGAUAAAUCCAGUGAUUAAGAUUUAUAUGUUGACCGCUUUUAAUGAUAUAAAGACUCAACAAAAUUGUCUUGAUGCUGGUGCAGACAAGAUUCUAUAAAAACCACCAACCUCCUAAGAUCUUUAACUAUUGUUUAUUUGA